GGGGGCCGUUGCCCUCAGUUAAGAUGGCGGCCGCUGGGGACCAAUAGGAGCCAGCGAUAUUCUCUGUAGCCAUAACAACCGGCAGGGCAGCCUGCUGUCUGGGGAAUGAGCCAGGACGGGAGUGCGGUGAGCUGAGAGUGGGGACCGACCUGCUGUGGGACAUGACCGGGUAAGCAGCAUGUUUAUCAUCCCCCUGGCUCACUGACAGCCCGGCCACUAUCCACAUCCAUCACACAGCAUCACUAGCCAGCCUGGGCAACCAGCAUCACUAGCCAGCCUGGGCAACCAGCCUCACUAGCCAGCCUGGGCAAUCAGCCUCACUAGCCAGCCUGGGCAGUCAGCCUCACUAGCCAGCCUGGGCAGUCAGCCUCACUAGCCAGCCUGGGCAACCAGCAUCACUAGCCAGCCUGGGCAGUCAGCCUCACUAGCCAGCCUGGGCAGUCAGCAUCACUAGCCAGCCUGGGCAACCAGCCUCACUAGCCAGCCUGGGCAAUCAGCCUCACUAGCCAGCCUGGGCAACCAGCCUCACUAGCCAGCCUGGGCAACCAGCCUCACUAGCCAGCCUGGGCAGUCAGCCUCACUAGCCAGCCUGGGCAGUCAGCCUCACUAGCCAGCCUGGGCAGCCAGCCUCACUAGCCAGCCUGGGCAGCCAGCCUCACUAGCCAGCCUGGGCAACCAGCAUCACUAGCCAGCCUGGGCAACCAGCAUCACUAGCCAGCCUGGGCAACCAGCCUCACUAGCCAGCCUGGGCAACCAGCCUCACUAGCCAGCCUGGGCAACCAGCCUCACUAGCCAGCCUGGGCAACCAGCCUCACUAGCCAGCCUGGGCAGCCAGCCUCACUAGCCAGCCUGGGCAGCCAGCCUCGCCAGCCAGCCUCACCAGCCAGCCUGGGCAGCCAGCCUCACUAGCCAGCCUGGGCAGCCAGCCUCACUAGCCAGCCUGGGCAGCCAGCCUCACUAGCCAGCCUGGGCAGCCAGCCUCACUAGCCAGCCUGGGCAGUCAGCCUCACUAGCCAGCCUGGGCAGUCAGCAUACUAGCCAGCCUGGGCAAUCAGCACAUCACUAGCCAGCCUGGGCAAUCCAUACUAGCCAGGCUGGGCAGCCAGCAUCACUAUCCAGCCUGGGCAACCAACAUCACUAUCCAACCUGGGCAGUCAGCCUCACUAGCCAGCCUGGGCAGCCAGCCUCACUAGCCAGCCUGGGCAGCCAGCCUCACUAGCCAGCCUGGGCAGCCAGCCUCACUAGCCAGCCUGGGCACCAGCCUCACUAGCCAGCCUGGGCAACCAGCCUCACUAGCCAGCCUGGGCAACCAGCCUCACUAGCCAGCCUGGGCAACCAGCCUCACUAGCCAGCCUGGGCAAUCAGACACCUGGCCAGGAGACCCCACAGCAUCACUAGCCAGCCUGGGCAAUCAGACACCUGGCCAGCAGACCUCACAGCAUCACUAGCCAGCCUGGGCAAUCAGACACCUGGCCAGCAGACCUCACAGCAUCACUAGCCAGCCUGGGCAAUCAGACACCUGGCCAGCAGACCUCACAGCAUCACUAGCCAGCCUGGGCAAGCAGACACCUGGCCAGCAGACCUCACAGCAUCACUAGCCAGCCUGGGCAAGCAGACACCUGGCCAGGAGACCCCACAGCAUCACUAGCCAGCCUGGGCAAUCAGACACCUGGCCAGGAGACCUCACAGCAUUACUAGCCAGCCUGGGCAGUCAGACAGGGCUGGGGGACACCUGGCCAGGAGACCUCACAGCAGGACAAAUAAAUUAAUGUUUACAUGGGAAACUUACAGGGAAUUGUGGAGUGGUGACCAAAGAUUUCAAAAUAUUAAACCAAAAUAUCCAAAUAUAUAUAUAUAUAUAUAUAUAUAUAUAUAUAUAUAUAUAUAUAUAUAUAUAUAUAUAUAUAUAUUUAAAAUUCAUUAAUCUAUUUAUUUCAUGUUUAGUGGAAAAAAACAAACCCUAUACGAUUUAAGCUACCUAUUGUUCCUGUAAUUGUUUCAUUUACUGUUAAAUCUCCCUUUUUAUAAUAUCGUAAAGUGUUGCGGAUUAAAUUGCGCUAUAUAAAUAGCAAUAAUAUUAAUAAUACGAUUUACAUUCACAAGGUCAUUCACAAUUUACAUGAUCAUUUUAUUCUAAAUUCCACAUUGCUUUACAUUAAGUGGAGUGUGACAUAGACCACUGUUUCUCCAGCAUUUUACAUGUGAAUACCCUUUCUAAAACACCCUAGAAUCACUAGGGAUUGUAUUAGUAACCUCUUUUUAUUACUAACCUCUGAUGGUUAAUAUUUACUAAAGUUAUUAAAAUAAUUUAGAGGUUAAUAAAUUUAAAAUAUAAGUAAAUUUCAUAUUUUUAUUGUAGUCUUGAAUCUUUAUAAAAGACAGUGUGCUCAAGCAUUUAAUGAGCUUCCUGUGGUAUUGCCCUUUAAAGCUUAUUUACUUAAGUAUGAAUUGAAAGUGAAUUUUUCAUUUUAUGACACUGGGAAUUUUUAUAAAGUUUGCUGUAUGGUUAAUCUAUUUUGGUCUACAAUUUGAACAAUGUUUUAUAGGUUGUGUUUUUUUUUGUUGUUUUUUUGUUUUUGUUUUUUCACUAAAAAUACUUCCUGAAAUAGCCAAGCAGCUGUGUUUAGUGAAUAAAUCUGUAUAAACUUAGUACAGCAUAUAAGUACAGCAGACAAUGUAAUAGAGCAGCAGGAAAUGCUAGCAGAAUGCUUGGUUGUAUAGGGAGAGGUAUUAGCAGUAGAAAGAGGGAAGUGCUCAUGCCAUUGUACAGAACACUGGUGAGACCUCACUUGGGGUAUUGUACACAGUACUGGAGACCGUAUCUUCAGAAGGAUAUUGAUACCUUAGAGAGGGUUCAGAGAAGGGCUACUAAACUGGUUCAUGGAUUGCGGGAUAAAACUUACCAGGAAAGGUUAAAGGAUCUUAACAUGUAUAGCUUGGAGGAAAGACGAGACAGGGGGGAUAUGAUAGAAACAUUUAAAUAUAUAAAGGGAAUCAACACAGUAAAGGAGGAGACUAUAUUUAAAAGAAGAAAAACUACCACAACAAGAGGACAUAGUCUUAAAUUAGAGGGACAAAGGUUUAAAAAUAAUAUCAGGAAGUAUUACUUUACUGAGAGGGUAGUGGAUGCAUGGAAUAGCCUUCCAGCUGAAGUGGUAGAGGUUAACACAGUAAAGGAGUUUUAGCAUGCAUGGGAUAGGCAUAAGGCUAUCCUAACUAUAAGAUAAGGCUAGGGACUAAUGAAAGUAUUUAGAAAAUUGGGCAGACUAGAUGGGCCGAAUGGUUCUUAUCUGCCGUCACAUUCUAUGUUUCUAUGUUUCUAUAAUUUCAGGAUGCGUACAAACAAUACAUACAUCAGAGCUUUUCUUUAUGAUAAUCAACCUGUUCCCAUAGGAGUUCUUCAAUAAAAUCAUGACUGUGCCACACUAAUUUAGGACAAGAGAACACAUCUGGCCAUGGAGUCCAUUUGUCAAAACAAGGGAGUCUGUUAAUACACGUUUGACCCCUGUAACACAGAAAUUGGUAGAUUUAGGGUAAUAUUGCUUUUCUCUGAGGAAUUAAAAAUAAUAUCCUGGCUGUAAUAUAUAGGGAUAAAUAUUAUUUUUACCAUUUACUAAUGUGACGCAAGAUUUAGAAAUGUAGAUUACACCUUGAUUUGUUAGCCUGUGAUGUGGUAGGGGCACUCCUUGUGCGCGUGCGCAUGCGCAUUUAAUAAGAAUUAGUUUAACCCCUUAAGGACACAAUACAUGUGUGACAUGUCAUGAUUCCCUUUUAUUCCAGAAGUUUGGUCCUUAAGGGGUUAAAGCUGUUUCAUGGCAAUAUAUAUUGAGAUAUUUGAUGUAUUUCGUUUUAAGAUGCCUUUUCUAGUGAUACUGGUUGCGGAAACCUAAGAAUUUAUUCACUAAACAGUUUAUUGUAGAGAAUUGGCAAGUGAAUAGCGAGUGACUAGGUCACAAUAUGGAAAAAAAUAGCUAAUUUGAAAAAUGUUGAUCAAAUUCUACUUUCAUUUUUCUUUUGCGCUAAAUAUUACAAGUAUUAUAGAUAUCCGACCAUAUCAUUCUACUGACAUAUGUGAACUGUAUGAUACCCAUAUCGCACCUUUAGGGACACAUGGUAAAUCUACACUGCAGUAUUACAAUUCUUGCUGUUUUCCAUGCAGCGUUCUUAAGUGUCCUUGAGUCGGUGUUUGAAGAGGAAUUCUGGUGCUCGUCCAAUACCAAUAUUUACAUUCUGCCUUAUCAUAUAGCAGUUUUUAGGCUUCUCUUAAAUGACACUGACUGAGUUAUUUAAUCCUUUUAAACCCAACUCCUCUUUAGUAAUUGCCUUUCUAGUCCCAGUCUGCCUGUCACAUGUGCUAAUUAGAUUGCUGAGAGCAGUUCUAAGACCAUACACUUCAGGUGGAGCAUUCAUCAGACAUACUCCAUUGGUAUGCACCAUAAGUACUUGGGCUUUAAUUUAUGCCAACAUACUCUGCCAAUGAAUGCCACUCAAAUGUGGACGGAAUUCAUAUUGCUAAUGCGGGAAAUGUAAAAUGCCAAGCUAGGGAGGGACUAUUAUAAUGGGAACUAGAGAAGCUCUCCAUGUUUGUCAGACCGUUUAAAAAUGGUUUUACACAAAACUGGAGGAUGCACCAUAGUCAUGCUGGCACCAUAGCCACUUCAGCAGGCUGUGGUGAUUACGGUGCUCUUUUAAAGGACAUACUCGUUUUCCUGGCACUAUAGUGCCCUGAGGGUGCCCCUACCCUCAGGGCCUCACUCCUGUGGCGUUGAAGGGGUUAAUCCCUUACCUUUUGUCCAGCGCCGGGCUCCCUCGGCGCUAGGACUCUUCUUCCGUCAUCGGCUGAAUGCGCAUGCGCGGCAAGAGCCGCGCGUGUUCAGCCAGUCCAUAGGAAAGCAUUAUCAAUGCUUUCCUAUGGAUGCUGUCGUCUUCUCACUGUGAAAAUCACAGUGAGAAGCGCCUCUAGCGGCUCUCAAUGAGACAGCCACUAGAGGCUGGAUUAACCCUAAAGUAAACAUAGCAGUUUCUAUGAAACUGCUAUGUUUACAGCAAAAACGGUUAAACCUGGCACCCAGACCACUUCAUUAAGCUGAAGUGGUCUGGGUGCCUAUAGUGGUCCUUUAAAUGAGAGAUUUUUAUUUCAUUUAGCGAAUAAGCUGCGCCUUGAGUAAGUUGAUACAUUGUAAGAAAGGGUGGUUGGCUCUUCUAACUUCACAGAUUGAUAUAUGGAGACAUUCUCUUUCCUGUCACAUUUUUUUUUUUAAGGAUCACAUUGUUUGUUUAGCAAUACAUUACACUGGAUUUGUGGUGAAGUUCUAGAAUCAUCUGAUGAUCAUUGCUAAAUCUAUCUAGACUGCUUGGCUUUUUCCAAAUGUUGUGUUUUUUUUUUUUUUUGUUUGUUUUUUAACCCACUGCAUAUAUAAAUACUUUUUUGAACAUCAUAUUAUUGUUGCACUUGUUUUUUGUUUUUUGUACAUUCAUUAUGUAAUGUUUCUAGAUAUAUCUUGUACGAUCUGCUUUAGUAAUGCCUCUUUCACUGUAUGUUUUCUUUUUUUGUGUAACAGAUCACAUCUAUAUUUAUUAAACCUGUCUCUCCUCAUUCAGACUAUCUGCCAUCUACCUUCUUUCCAUUCUCACCCAGAUAUAUAUUGUCUUUCUCUUCCUAUAAUUUUAAUGUCACUCUCAGAUAUGACUUUGUUGCUGCUAUUACUUAGUUUGUUGCCUAUAUUUAUACUAAUAUAAAAACCACAACGACAACAAAAGUGUAUUGGUACUGCUAUAAAUACGUAGUUGCUGUAGCAAAAAAGUAUGCAAUACUAAUACCAGACAUGUAGUGAUUUCAUUGUGCAGUUUAGUAAUAACUAACUAUAAUGGCUAGUUAGAGAAGUGGUAUCAUCACUGCCUCUGACUGGGAAACUGAGGUUUCAAUCCCAGUCAGACCAACUCACCAGUUAGUGUCCGUGUGAAAUACACCUUAUGAUAUAUCCGACUAACACAAAUUCUCAUAGAUUGUAAGCUCAUUUGAGCAGAGCCUUUAGAUAUACCUUUUUUUUUUUUUUUUUUUUAAUUGUAAAGUCCUGCAGAUUAAGUUGGUGUUAUAAAAAUGCUGAUAAUAAUAUAUAAUAACUACAGUAUAUUUUUAAACAUUUUUUGUCCAUCUGACAUUUAUCAUUCAGAAUUAGUUACUAAAGUUAGAUUUUGUUAGGAAUUCAAAGAUAAAGGAACACUAUACUGUUCCUAUUCCUAUUUAGGAAUUGUCCAUCUGUGAGGGUUUUAAAGAUGAGCGUUACUUACCUUUCUACCAUUGCCGCAGCCACUCGAAACCUCCUUGGCUGAGAUCAUCAAGAUUGAUGAUGUCAGCCAAUCCAAUAGUUCCACAUAGGUAAGCCUUGGUAGUCUAGUGCACAUGCGUAACAUAUCUCUGUGCUGCACCAAUUAAAUCCAAAAACAGCUUAGUAAAACACUGUUAUUUUGAGGUUCAAGUAACCCUUAAAAAUACCAUCAUGAAAAAUGAAUUUUGAACAUCAAGAUGCAGCUUCACUUCCUGGAUGAAACUUUCAGAGAACCCAGCUCACUAAACAAAAUUAAACACAUUUUCAGUUUUAUUACUUUCUCCAUAAUUAUAAACCAAAACCUUUACGAAAUGCUCUCCCAUUUUGACGUUAUAGAGAUGUAUAUUUAUUCAAGAUAAAACAUUUUUUUAUUUUAGUGAAACAGGUAGAACAGCAAUUUUCUCAUGCUAAUUUGUUCCCCUUUUUAGAAAGUUACUUUCUGACUUAAAUAUUUGCUUACUACCCGAAAACUGUCUCUGUUCCAUGUCUUUAUGUUCAAUGUCUGGGAGGGCGGUAAUGGAGUGAAAGAGCAGGUUACAUGUUCUAUUACACUUAUUAAGACAAGUGGUAUCAUGGGAAUUCUAAGACCGUCCCUUUCUAACAUCAAUUAUGAGCAGAAGGCAGGAGUACCCAUUAGACUAUUAAAUCAUCUGAUCCUGCUGUCUAGAACUAAUAACACUUGAGGACUUGUUUUAUGAAAGCGUUAUUUAAACCCUGUAGAGGAGAAGACACCAUAAAUGUUUCUCAUCUUUAUUUUUGGGCUGAACAUGUAGGUCUGUUUAUGGUUUUUACCCAUUUUGACCCGGAUAACCUUUUAUACAUAUUCUGAAUGAAAUAUAUACCACUGAUUAAUUGCAUAGUAGCCUUUUCAAUUUGUCCUUAUGUUCUUGGCUUUUAUUGUAUUGUGUUGUAGUCUGAUUUACUUUGUGUUUCAUAUAUUAUGUCGGUUUUAUUUAUAUUGAGCCUUCAAGCUAGGGUUGGCAAAUGUUGGCUCCCAAAUAACAGUUUGAGCGGCUGGAAAACAUAGACAAACAUUAGCCUGAAGGCUGUUGGCACAUAUCACCCCGAUUUUCGUAUGUUUAGUGCAUGCUAUACAAGAAGCGACUUAAUUCUCAUCUACCUGUCAUCUGAUCACUUACGUUCAGUGCUGGAAAUCAGCACUUUGUGUUUAUUGGUUGCCUCAUCAUGAUGGGAAUUACAGUCCACACAGGCCGUAGUGUAUUUAGUAAGAAACGGACAGGUACGCAGCCCACAUUUUGGGACAAUCUUCAUAAUUUGCAAUUUAUACAACCUUUUAUAUUUAGUGUGAUUUUUGUAUUUUUUUAUUUUUUUAUUUUUUUUUAGUAAAAGUAACAUUUAGAACAUGUUUGCAUGCAAAUGACAGAUUAAGCAGUUUAUAUCUAUCAGUUUUUAAAUUUGUUGUUCAACAUGCCUUGUGCCAGUCUGUGUCGACAGUGCAUAAAUAUAAUCCAUUUUGAGUCAUCCUGUACAAAUUUAAAUGCUAUCAUUACAGAUGAUCUCAAAUUUAAUAUGUUUCUCCGGCUAGACAGUAGUUAUCUAUAUUUCUGUUCAGUCAGUCAUGGGGUUGCAAUUAAAUUAUGUUUAAUGGAUUUAGGCAUCUCCAGUACUAUCGUGUCUGUACUUAUCCAUGCUAGAGAGACACUCAUAUAAAAGAGCUAAUGUCAUUUUAUUAGUAGGGUAUGGAGCUCCUGGUCGCAAAUUGAUAUUGUUUAAAACCAAAUAGGUUUCUGUUUUUGUUGGGUGAAUAAAUGUAUCCAUGUGUGUUUAGGUCGAUAUAUUAUAUUGAUUGCGAUCACCCUGUUACUUUUUAAUGGUGAGCUAGUGGAGGCGAAGGGGGAGGGGUUAAAGCCAUCACAGAGGUAACGUCAUCAAGGGUUUAGAAUCUCCAUAGCAAGUGACCUGUGAGCAAAGAUCAGUUAUCAGGCUGAUAGGGAUCUACUUCUUCUCUCCCCUUGACAAGCAGUCUCAUGCUUUAUGAUCUCUCCAGAACUCCUUAAUUCACGUUUCCCAUUCCCGAAUUAAAAUAUUUUGCAGGCAUUUAUCACAACUCUCUAACUGAAAAUGACCGGAAAUCCUAAUACAGCUUGCAAAUUGUAUUAUGUGAACUUUCUUGUAGGAGACCAUAAAACUCCCUUGAAAAAUUACAGUUGUUUGUCGCAAAUGGCUAUUUGUUUAAAUUAGGGAGAUCAUUGUUUACUUAUGUAUAUAAUGGGACGUUUGAUCCUUUUAGCAAAUACAGGGUUAAAGUCCAACAAGCAUUAGCCUUGUAUUUGCAGAAUGGAAAGUUUCUAUUAUCAUUAUUUUUACAUGUUGUUUGUUUACUAUUUGUCUCAUGCUUUGUGUUCUGUCAUUGUGUUUUGUAGAUGCCUCAGCAGGUUUAACCAUUUUCCGUAGCGAUUGGAAGUAUGACGCUGAUUAAAGGUUCCUUUACCUAUUCCAGCGGAGAGGAAUACCACGGAGAAUGGAAGGAAGGUUAGUACCACGGAAUCGCUGCCUUGCGCAUUAUCUCAAACGGGCAUGUCACAAACAAUACGGCGAAGAAUGCAUUUACCUUGAAGCCGGCAAAGCAUCAUGGGAGAUGUAGUCCACAGCAUCUGGAGUGCCAAAGGUUUCCUAACCCUGUGAUAGAGUAUCAGGCAAAAAAAUCAUUCUUAUGGUUACUAAAACUUAUUCUGUUAUUUUAUGUCUGUAGAUCUCUGUGAAUUCAUUGCCUCAUUUAAAAAUAGCCCCUUUGUGUUUAAUACCAUAUCCUGUAGUGUUCUAAUAUUUCAUGAUAUUACACUGCCUUGUUCAUUUGGGGAGCAGACCUUGUCACAAAGCAGAUUGUUUACCAAGAUGAACAUGUCAUUAAAGUAUUAAAUGAGCAUCAUUAUUGUGUUCUUCUGCAGGCCGAAGGCAUGGAAUGGGCCAGCUAUUAUUUGCUGAUGGGAGUAUCUAUAUAGGCCAGUUUGAAAAUGGACUUUUCAGCGGUUAUGGAGUGCUGACCUUUCCAGAUGGAUCAAGGUUGGUAAAAAAAUAUAUAUAAUCUAAUACAUGGUGGAUUGAUUAGUUUGGUUUAGGUAUGUAUCUUGCCCGAUUUUUGUCAUGUGGAGUGAUAAUAUAGAAGUAUUUAGAUUCAUCUCUUAAAUUGUAAUAACCCAGUAAAAUGCAAUGAAACCUUUUCUUUGUUUUUAAGAAGUCACGGUCCAUGUAAAUAGUCUAUUCCUGCAACCCUCCCCAUUUACCGAAAUCUGAUGCAAAGUCCUAUUUAGAGCUCGUUUUGGAACUCGUAGACCGCUACCUUAACAUGUUGCACGCAUGUUCUCUUUAGGUACGAAGGCGAGUUUCUUCAAGGAAAAUUCCACGGUGCUGGUGUUUUUACCCGUUACGACAACAUGAAAUUUGAAGGAGAAUUUAAAGGUGGUCGGGUAGAGGGUUAUGGUAAGUUGUAACAUUUUAAUUUUUUACCUCCAUUAAAAAUGAUUUGUAUUUAUUUCAGGCCUUUGGCCUAAUUUUAUAAUCCUGUGGUUAGAUCUCGUGAACUCAUGUACCCAUUGCGCAUCUUUUUUUUUUUUUUUUGGUAUUCUUAACCCCUCCAUGACAAAUGAUACACGGAUUCACUCAGUAUUACAAUUGUCAUGUCUUCCGAUAUAAAAGGGUUAAGCAGAAAUUGUACAAUUCUAUCAUUCAAAGAUAGCCUUUUUGUUUAUCUGUUGCACUUCAUUAUUUAUUUACACAUAUCAAAUAUUCAGUUACUAAUAUUAGAAGUAGAUCGAUGCUGUAAUUCAGUAAACCAAAGUUGCCAAUCAUAAUACUUUUAUACAAAGUGCUUAGCAUGCUGAUCCAUGAGGCUACAAUCUAAAAGAUAUAAUGAGGAGCAAGACAAAGGGUGGGUACUUAAAAUCUAUAAGAUAUUAACAGCAGCUGUCACCAAACACCAGGAAUUCUGAUGUAAGACAUGUAUUAAAGUAACGGUUACAUAUGGCCAGCGAUCUUAUUGUGGAAUUCUGCAAGAUAUUAAACGUAGGAAAUCACCACACAUAGUCAGCCUUCAUGGCUGCUGCAAGAUCAUUUAAUAUUUAAAAACAGUCUGUACCUAUGACUAAAUGACCUGUUAAAUAUACACUUGAAAAAAUGACAUUACUUCCUCUUUAAUUGCUUUCUUUCAUAAGAUUGGUGGGCCUCAUAUAAUAUCCCUAGUUUAAAGAGACACUGUAACUUUUAACAUAUCCCAAUGUGAAUCAGACCUCCUUUUGUUUGCAUUGAUGCAGUGGCUUUGGAUGAAGUGGAUUUGCUUUUGGAAGUAGAGGAUGGAUGCUGCUCGUUCUUUAUAGCUACUUUUGUAGACAUCAUGGUCAUCAUAACACGAUUCUUGCAUAUGAAAAAUAUAUAACAUGAUUCAGCAAUGAUAUAUUUUAAUAUAUUUUUUCUUUGUACAUGCACAGGCAUGUUGACCUUUUCAGAUGGUUCCCAUGGCAUUCCAAGAAACGAAGGCCUGUUUGAGAAUAAUAAACUGAUAAAGCAAGACAAAUGUCAAGCGGUGGUCCAGAGGGCACUAAGUGCAUCUAAGGCUGCUUGCUGUCUCGCAGGACACCCCAUGUGAAGGGAAAAUCUCAUUCUUUCCAGACAGCUAAGUCUAUUGUUGCAUCCUCUAAAGUGCACUCACUUGUUUAUUUUCUUGGUUUGUUUACACUGCUUGCUGGUUAAAGCAGAGCAAAAAAACAGCUGUUUCGCAAAACUGUUUUAUGCUUUUUUGUCUUCUAUCAUACAAUAUAUUCUUGUCAGAAAAACUAAGAAUAGGAACACAGAAGGUAUACCAGGAACCAAACCACUACUUUGUCUGUGGAACACAGUGCCUCGAAGGAAAUCGCUCUCUCAUCUGAAUUAAAAUUCUUUACAAAUUUACGCAAAUAUUUAUCCACAUCUCACGUUUAUAUUGGCUUUCUUUUCCAAUUAAUAUUUGUCUUAUUAGUUGUUUGGUUUUUUUUUUUGUUUUUGUUUUUUACCGCUUUACAAAUUUGCAUUUUCUCGCUGAUAAUAGAAACAUUUUAAAAUGAAGAUGGCAAAUAACUCAGUUACCUGAAUGCAAGAAGCUAUAGUUUUAAAAAAACAUUGUUUCACUGUAGAUGCCUCAUCACAGAAAUCACUGGCCAAAGGAAUUGUAUCUGGUACAUCAAAUUUAUUCCUGGAAGCAUUGAAGACAACUCAUUCUCCCAUGUUUGUAAACAUUUCCCAUGUACAUCAUGGGAAAUGUAGUUCAUAUAACUGGGCUCCCAAGGUAUUUCAUCAAUCAGGUAAUGUGCUUUGUUUAAACAGGUGCUUCUAUCUGGCACUGAUCCAAUUAUUUAGCAUUUUCGAAUAUAGAAAAACAACCAAUCCAACAUAAUUAAAAGGUUAAAAAAAAAAAAUUAUAUAUAUAUAUAUAUAUUUAAAAAAAUAAAUAUAUAUAUAUAUAUAUAUAUAUAUAUAUAUAUAUAUACUCAUGUUUGAAGAUGCUGCAACAGCAUUAAAUUCCCGAGCUUUAAAUAUACUGCAGGUUUUCAGUUGGUGCCUGGAUGGUCAUUUUAACCCCUUAAGGACCAAACUUUUGGAAUAAAAGGGAAUCAUGACAUGUCACACAUGAGGUGCUACAGGCCAGUUUUGGGGAAACGGUGAUAGACAGGAGAGAUCUAUGUUUUUGGUUUACAUAAGAUAUUUUUUUUGUUUUUGGAGUGGUUAUUUAAUUUUCUCCCACACAGUUCCAGAAGCAGAACAGUCUGUAUGUCUGCACUUUUAGUCAUUAACUAAAAGUCAUCUUAUGGGUUGUGAUCAUGUCGCACAUGUACAUACACUCGGGUACAUGUACAUGUGCGACCGUAUGAAAGCACUCGUGCACAGAGCUACCUGUGGAGGAAAACACUUACCUAUAUUACUGUGUUCACGUUUACUAUUUUGGUUUUAUAUUUCCACGUAAAGCUAAUCUAAUCUAAUUUUUGCAAGACGGUUUGAAUGUGUAAUAUUUGCCUCCAGUCACGCCCUGCAAUCACAAAUAUCUAUUCCAUGUUUGAUUAUAAACUACUAUACCUCCCGACUCAAGGUAUUGGUAAUUGGAGACCAGUAGCUGGAAUUCUACUGUGUUCACAAGUCCACUUUAUAAUUUACUCACCUCGAUGAAUAACAGAAAAUCCACUGUGUUUCUGUAAUUCUAGUGUAUCAUUCAUCUAUCCAUCUAUUUGACUCUUUGCAAACUCAUGCUUGUAUUGCAUAACUAAUCUUCUACCUGUAGGUGCUAUGAUACAGCUGCAGAACUAUGACGUAGCCAGGGAUUUUUGUAAUUUGUCAAGUAUUGGUUAUUCUCCCGGUUAUUUUUCUAGAUUAAUAUUUUGUAAAUCCACGUAUUUUAAGCUGUAUACCACUACACCGUUUUGUGUUUAAUAUAAAUGAUUGUCCAGAUACCUUUACUGGAAUAUGACUUUCAAAUUCCCACCUCCCCAGUGGACAAAAAGGUGAAUUGCGUUUCAUUUAAAAAAUUUGAGUAUUUGUGUGACAAAUCCCCAUUUUGUAACCAAGGAAUUGGUUUAAACAUAUCCUAAAUGUGUAGUGAACUUCUGAUCCAUAUACACAAUAUUUUUCUUUCUAGACACUUCGCAAUGUUAUAGGCCAGUAUGUAAAAAUGCUGACCUACAGUAUGUAGAAUUCAUAUGCUGCAGAAUAUGUUCCACAUUAGGUGAUAUACAUUCUAUAGAUAGGUCAACUUUUUUAUGAAUUGGCUUGCACCAUGGAGAUGGAAUGUUUGUUCAGGAAAUCAUGGUACAAGCUGGUCCAAGUUUAUCCAACACACUGCCAUCGCGUGUGUAAAUUACUGUAUAUACUCGAGUAUAAGUCGAGUUUUUCUGCACAUUUUUUGUUCUGAAAACCCCCCACUCGGCUUAUACUUGAGUUAAUGUCUGUAUUAUGGCAACUUACAUUGCCAUAAUACAGACAAGGAUGAGCCUGGCGGUCCUGUUGGGGGCUGGCAAAGAGCUGUUACUUACCUUUCCUGCAGCUCCUGUUAGCUCCUUUCUCUCUCCUCCAUUCCGGUCAGCUCCACUGUAAAUCUUGCGAGAGCCGCGUGGAACGCUCCGUGCGGCCGCGAGACUUACAGUGGAGGAGGCUGACAGGAGCUGCAGGAAAGGUAAGUAACAACUCUCUGCCAGCCCCCCUCCUGCACAGCCCAUCCACUGGACCACCAGGGAAUGAGAGCCCCCCUCCCUGGCCAGCUAACAAGCAGGGAGGGGGGAUGAAAAUAAAUAUAAAUAAAAAAAUUAAUAAUAUAAUAAAAAUUAAUACAUAUUAAAAAUAAUAAUUAAAAAAAAAAUGCCCCUACACAUACUUAUUCUUUAUAAUAUAUAUUCCAAAUAAGCACUUUCACCAUCUGGGAGAGUCUCCAUAGACAGGGCGAAUUCCCUGCAGCCAUCACUUGACGUGACGUCUGGGGUAAUUGACACUUCUAAACCUCGGUAGCUCUGCCCAGUUUCUAGAAGUAUCAGGCAUAGGAAAAAUAGAGACAAAGUAGUCCCUAUUUUGUCUCAGUAUUUCUCUUGACUGUGUUGGAAUUUCAGUGAAUUUCAGAUUCUAUCUUCAUGAAAUACAAAUUUUUCGGGUGGAGUGGUGACAGUGCCUCUUUAAUUGGUUACAUUUUCCGUCUACCAAAUAAUAUUGACAUGUUUAAAUUUGAAAUUGUAUGUCAAUAAUUUUAGAUUAGCAAACCGCUUGCAAAGUAUUUUAAGAUACAUUAACCAAAACUGUAACAUGUUAUAGGUGUGCAUAUAUAAUAAAGUAUUUAUUUCUGAGUCAUAAUCCCCAAUUCCAACAUGGGACGCUUUAUGAAAACAUCCAAAUCAUAUUUAAAAAAAAAAAAAAAAACAUCUUUUUAUUCCAUAUUACAAGUGAAAUUUUAAUCGCUCUGCUGGGAACACUAAGAAUGUAUUAAAAAUAGAGUAUCUUUUUACAUUUUCUUUAUUUGAAGUGCUCACUAACCUACCUUUCAAAGAUGGUAAUGUUUGCUUACUUAUGUCAUACAUUUUUAUUUUACAUAGUCAUUUCCACUUUAAAGGCGUUGUCGGCAGUUACUAUUUUACGUUAUUAAUUUUUUUUUUCCCCCCAUCUUAGACCAAUUGAAAAUUAGGCUCAUGGCGUUGAGCUGUUCACUCAGUGAGACAAGCCGACAUUUACUUCAAAUCGCUUUAAGAAAACUAUUACUGGUUUGUUAACCGCAACAAAAUACAUCAACUGCAUGGUCUUAGACCACACGGCACUACUUGUCUCUAGUACAGAAGUGUUUAAUCACAAACACUCAGGACAUACCAAAUGAUGAUUUGAUGCUAUUCGUAAUCUUGUUUCCAACGAAAUAUUACGAGGUGUGUUUUAAUAAAAAAAAUUUCUACUUUAUGAGCAACCGUUAAAUGUCAGAAAAUAAAAUAACUGUGUAUUAUACAGAGACUUACAGGGUAGUAGUCAUUGUGUUCUUCCGUUUAGGAAAUUCACAAUUUUAUCUUGCAAAAAUGCUUGUGUACACUGUUGCAUUUAUAAUUUGCUCAUAGUUAAGGGAUCAGCUGUUUUUAGAGGCAGUUAUCCAUUUAAAGUGGUCCACAUUUACUCAAUUUUCCCCAUUAAUUUCACAUUUUAGCACACUAGGAAUUAAAGCGUGCUGUCUUCUUACUUUACAGCUCUAGCAACUUCUCGGUAUUAUUUAAAGAACACACCAAGUACCAUAACCACUAUAGUUUAUUGCGGGGGCUGCAGUGUGCUAGACACUAAGUGCAUUCUCUCUCUUCUUCAGUCAGUCUGAUAAAUAGCAGACAUUUCCUGACACCUUAGGCACGCCCCUUUAACUUUGGCAUUAUAGUAAAGAAUCUCACUUUCCCAUCCAGAUUUGUGUAUGACCUGACCCUAUUUUAUGUAAGAGACUUAGAGUUCUGCAACAUAGAAUAUCUGACUUUGCCAAAAAGACUGUGGCACUUUAUAAGUGGCUGAAUCACCUUACGGACCUUUUUGGCUUCUCUCAAAUGACACAAGAAUCAGGUCACCCAUGCUAAAUGUGCUACAUUUACUCGAAUCCUUCCGUAAUCCUGACUUUCUAAGCCUCUCAUUGUAUCAUCCACUUUACAAGUGUGUAUGAAUAUUGCGCUAAUAAGAUGGUUAUGGUGUGUGGAGUGUCCUUUUAAGAAACUUGAGAAAGUUUUAGAAAGAACCUAUGUGUUUGCCUUGUUUAACGGUUUUAUUUGUUAUUGCAUUCUCUACUAUUCACUUUGUAGUGUGGAUCUUAUGUAGUAUUAAUAUUGUUUAUUGUGCAUUGCACAAAGUUGGGUAGCAGGCUAUGGGCCUAGAUUCUACCCCAAUUUAUAUCCUUUAUCCUAAAAUCUAAACUUCCUUUAUAUUGUUUAAAUGUACAUGAUCCAUUCCUUUGGGAACCUAAACAGUUUUCUCUAUGUCCUGAAUGUUUAGGCUACAAUGAGAGGCAUUGUAUCUGAAUUUCUUUACCAAACUCACCCUCUUGCUGACUACCUUGGUUACAGUAUGUAUUAUAUUUCUCAUUAUCUAUAAGAUUGCGUUUGCCGAUGUGACAACUUUUUAUGCCUUGCUACCUACGCAAUUUUUUGCUUGUUUUGCAAACUGGUUUGUUUACAUUGUGUUAACAUGAUUAUGUAUCAUUGUGAUUUAAGUUGCCGUGCCUUUUAAAUGAAAGAUCGAGUGCACAAAAUAAUUAUUUUGUGUAUUGUACAUAAAUAUAGAUUGCGAAGGCCAACAACCUGUCAGCAAAUAUCUACUGUCUAAUAGACUGCCUUCCCAAAAAAUGUUGAUUUCUUUAUCAUAUACGCUUUUAAUACUUCCACUGGAAUGCUAUUCUGCAUAUCUACUACUAUUUAAUUAUGCAGUUCUUCAAUAAGAUUUAUCAUCCUGUAAAAAGUCCUUUUGUAAACCAAAAGCCUGCAGUGUUUCAAAUGCAAUUUUAAAAUUGCAGAGAAGGGCACAAAAGGUGUAUACCCUGUUUAGAUUCCUUACCUAAUUCUGUAUAAGUUGCUUAUUUGCACAUUUUUUAUGUUUAAACACUGUUUUUAAGCAUGACACAGGGUGGAAAUGCAUGAGCCUAAAUGCUAUAUGCAAUGUCUCCAUACGUAUAUGAUGUGUAAAUAGGCUUUGUAAGACUUUUUUUGUUCUGUUGUACUUCUUUGUCCUGUAUUAAUUUAUCGUUCUUUAGAAUUGUGACAUAAUGCAUGAUAGCAAGAUUAUGUCUGGGCUAUAAAGCCAGAACAGACUGUGGAAAAUACGGCUAGAUCAUAGGUAAAUCUGUUAAUUUCACUGAUCCAUAUUAGCUCAAGCCAGGGGUAUACCAAAAUCUAGGCCUGUUGGCAGUUUCACACCCCAGCAGAAAAAGAAGAAAGAUUCUUUCUUUUUUUUUUUUUUUUUUUUAAAGGAUGUUACAAAACAAAAAAUCAUAAUAUAGAUGAUAAAAUUGUCCAUUUAAAUGAGUUUUCCUGGUUAUGUUUUAUCAAUGUGUCUAAAUGCAAUUUAACUUUUUAACAGAAUAAUGAACUCAUUUCUGAUUUAUGUAAAAUAUUUAACCGCCUUAUGUAAGUAAAUGUGAUCACAUAUAAUGAAUGUGCUUAAUGUGAUAUAAUGAAUUAAUUCACAAAGAUGUAUUAUGUCAUUUUUAUUUAAGUGGUAUUUAAAAUGUCAAAUUAAGAUUGUCUGACUACUGUGUUUACACACAAAAAAAAACCUCGUAAAAUGAAAGCAUGCACUGUUAUAAUACAGGUUUGGAAAGCUCAUGUGCUUCCAAUGAGGAACGUUUUAGUCCUAUACUGAAGGGUCCUUUAAAUUAAACUCGUUUUGGGAAUAUUUUACAAGAAUUUAGUAAAUAGGUUUUUAAAGUUCACCAUUGAACUAAAUAUCCAAAGCAAUACUUUUCAUGUAAAAUACCAUAAAAUGUCACCCAUAAUAUCUCACAGAAUUUAAAGGAAUAUAUAUUCUAUCUCUACGCUUAUCACAGAAACCGUUUGUAUUCUUAUUAAAACCCUGGUUUUAGCAUUGCACUAAACUUGUGACGCAGGAUUUGUUUAUUGUGUUUAUGUAUUAAGAGCGAUAAAUGUGAUGUUUACUGCACACUGUGGUCAGUCCUCCCUUUUAAUGUGGUAUGACUUUAUCCUUCGGCAUAAAAUUCACUCAAAGGUAAUGAAUGUCUAUCAUACAGUAAAAGCAUAUGUACGUUUUGAGAAUUGUGCCUUGGCUUUCAUAAUAUGUCUUAAUUCUGCUAUACUUGAAAUAAUAAAGAUAUACUGAUAAACUAA